UUUUCGAAGCAACAACAGUCCGUCCGCCAUGCUAAAGUGGGUAAGCAGUUGAGGAAAAUCAUGAUGUGGCAAGAAGUGAAUUAGUAAACAAAACAUUGACAAGAGUGUUUGUAUAUUAACCAAAGUUAUGUUUUUACAAUGUGAUAUGUGUAAAGUGAGAAAAUUGACGUGACAUCGACUAGUGAAUGUUGGUGGAUAAUCGCAACAAACCGCGUUUUGUUUUCUACCGACGUAACAGCUCGUCUUAUUACGUUUGUGUAUUUUCCUCCGCGGAUACGACUUUCUCCUUUUAUUUUAACGAUGAUGGAAUCAACCCUCAAGGAUCUGGAGGAGUUGACCCUGUGUGGCUAUUGCAAACAGAAGUUCAAUGAGCACGACAUGGUUCCCAAGCUGCUAAGCUGUAAACACUAUUACUGUCUCAAUUGCGUGCAAACAUCUAUGAUCAAAGGAAGAGAGGUGUUCUGUGUAACCUGCUGGAAACGCACUGAACUAUUAGACCAAGGGCCUGAGACGCUGCCUACCUACAACCCUAUUCUCGUGCUGUGCAACAACUUCAACGCAAUCAAACUGGGUGCAUCGGCUGCUGUAGGUAGUGCAACCACUAAACCGCCUGAUAAGGGAAAAAUAUUGCAAAGUGAGAAUUGUCACACACACGGGAUGCCACUUGCCCUAUGGUGUCACACGUGUUGCAAUGCGAUGUGUCGAGCCUGUGCAAGCCAGACGGACCAUCCUGGUCAUCAAAUCAAGAGUCAAGUCGAAGCGAAAGAACAGCUGGUUUCUGAAGUCCAAUGCGAAUUGAUGGCGGUAAACAAGAUGCUAACGGACAUCCAAAGACUAGCUAUUCAACAGCGCCAGUUCCUGCUAAAAGUACUGGAAGCCUGCAUCACACUCAAGACGCAUGUUGAGACAGACCUGCAGAGCGGGUGGUCUCAUGUCCCAGAAGUGGCGGAAGCACGUGAAACUUUAAGCAAAGCCAGAAUUGGACUGUCACAUUUAGAGAAUCCUGGAGAGGCUCAGUCUCUCUUCAGCACUCUCUCACUGGAGAAACAACGUUUACAAGCCAAAUACCAGGAAAUGGUUUUGCAAUGUCAGCUGGACGAUCUAAUCGGAAAUUCUGGCGUUGUCUUUGAUUUCCCACUUUUGAAACAAGCACUGGCCAACAUCCACGCAAAUAUUCAUGCACUCGACUCACCCGUUAGUCAGCCCUCAAACCGUAACCAUGUCGCUGCCUCGCACAAUCCAAUUCUAUUUCUUGCAAACUAUUGUAUGUCCCAGCUCUACUCACGUCACGUCCUCUCCAAGCAGCAACAACAACAGCACCUUCAGCACAACGGAACUGUUGAGUAUGUCGUCAAGCCACCGCAACCCACCUUCGUCCAUCCGGAACCAAUUGGAACCAUUGUAGCUGUGCAGUCACCACAGCAAUCUGUUGUCACAUUGAAUGUGAGACCGCCAAGCCCUUACCCACUUUAUUUCUUCAACAUCGAAGUCAACGGAACACCUCACGGACGUAUGGUCAUAGAGACGCGCCCCGAUGCGGCGCCCAAAAUGGCUAGGAAUUUCGCUGUCCUUACCACCGGUGAAAUGGGCUACAGCUACAAGGGCUGUGCAAUAUUCCAGUGUUGGGAAGGCGAAUCUGUCAUCACUGGUGAUUUCGAGUUAAACAACGGUCGUGGAGGGAGGUCGAUCUAUGAGGAAGGCUACUUUAUGCCAGAUGACACAAAGUUUCCUGCAGUGCGAGGUGCGGUUGGGAUGCGGCGAACUCAGAAAAGGCAUGAUAACCUCGGUAUGGUUGGCUCACAGUUUCGUUGUAUUCUGCAAGAGAUGAGAGGCUUCACAGCUAUAUUCGGACAUAUAGUUGAGGGGUUGGAACUAAUUGAGAAGAUCUCUACGUUUGGCGACCAAACAGGAAAACCAACCAAGAACGUUGUCAUCACCAACUGCGGGAAACUCUGAGAGUCAGGGUGACACGUUCGUUCGAGCGAAAGCGGAUGAGAAUUUUAUUUCAUAACAUUUUUUUGGGGGUUCAUUUUAUUUUCUCUUUAAUAGGUAGUUUACUUCACCCCACAUUUAUGAUUAUCAUUAUAUAUGUACUAUUUUAGAUAUUUUGGUUACUAUUGAUUUUGGUUUGCAAGUGAAAACCUCAUUUUGUUAUAGUAAAUAAUCUAUAUUACAGCUUAUAUAUAUACACGGUGGGUCACACUGUUUUAAGUUUUACCUUGGGGAUCAACGGAUUUAUUGUAUAUAUAUAUAUGAACCACUCGGUGUGGAAUGCUUCACCCUUGCUUUAUAUUAUUAUAUUAGUAUAGUGCUACCGAAUUGUGGUACUCUAAUCGAUGUGUAUCUUUCGAUGUGUUCCAAAAGCGAGUUUUGAUCUCAAAAAUUUCUUGCUUUCUCAGUACCCUCGAUGUGACUCUUAUGGCCUAACAGUACCCAGAAAGUAUAUUUUGGAAUUUCGAUUGAAUAGUUAUAGUGUAUAGACUUAUUUUUCCAUAAUCGGUGGAACAUAUUCUCAUAGCUUAGCGUAUUUCAGAUAUAUCGAACCAAAAGGUCUAAGAAGGGAGAGGUUAUAAUGUACAAAGAGAAAAUAUUUUUCGAUACAUUCGACAAUUCUUUUUGAGACUCCGAUAUUUUUUUAAAACCGCACGCAAAUGAGAGAGAUUCUUUCACCGAAAAUAUUUUCUACUUUCGAACGAUGAACGUCAACUCGUAUAGCACAACGAAGCGUAAAUGUUUUCAUAAGCUGGUUUCGAGACUAACACAUGGGGAAAUUCGUUGUACAUUUUUUCGUUUCCUUUCGAUUGUACAUGACCACCGAAACAGUUUUCUUGAUGGAGAACGAAUAUAUUUUCUCUAGUGGACUAGGUUAGUGUUAAGAUUAAGGUUCGCCAUAAUUAUCUGCCCGUAGCCUGUCGUCGUAUCCCAUUUCCUGUUGAUGCGCGCUGUGAGAGGUUUAUUUUUGAUUAUCAUCGGAAUUGUAAAAUACUUUGGUGUCAUUCGGGCCGAUGUUUUCGCAUGUUAGUGUAGUGUAGUAGGUGGGACGAUCACCGCCUUGUCUCGUAUGUGUAGAAGGCUGUGGCCGUCAUCGUUAGUGUAACCAGGCAGUUCUUUUCUUACGUACGGUAAAUCGUGUCGAAACUUUUCUGCAAUCUUGUCGUAGAUUAUAAACAUAUCGGUUUAAUUUUCCUUUACCCGUUAAGAUCGCGAUGUAAUGUAAUAACGUGAACGAGAAAGCUUUUCUACCUGUAAACUGUGUGCCACAUAGAUAUACCUUGCUUGUACCCGGACGUACAUUCGUAGCAAUGUAUAUAUAUGCGGGUGCCCAGUACGUUUUGAUUUGUCGCCCUUUCGUAAGAACAAACAAAUAUAUAUAUUUUCGUCAGAUAAUUUUUUACUUGUAGGUGAAUGCUAGAUAAUUCUUGAGAACCGAUCAUUGUAAGGAAUCAUAUGAAAUGUUUAUUCAUAUAUGUUAGAAAGCGUUAAUAAAGAAAGUUAUCGUUAUUAUUUUUCCAAUUUCUUAACCCUUUAAAAUACAUGGAAAUUGUCUGGACUAUUGAUACACUCCUUAUAUUUCAUUUAAAGAAAUAAAAUAUAAACGUUUUCAAAACUAGUUUUAUUAAUAAUAUACUUAUAAAUCAUGGAAUUUGAAAUCACUUGUAAUAACACACUUUAACAUCAAAACUCAUAAUUUAAAUACAUUGUUUCAAAUAUGAAAACAAUAAUGUUACAUAACAAAUUGUUUGGUGUAUAAUAUAAUUAAAACAUUUUAACAGUACAUGCAUAAUUCAGGCUUGUGUAUCAAAACCCAUAGGUCCAGUAAAAAAUGACUAAAACUGCAUAAAAAUUGGAAAAAUUUAACUGUACCUAUCCCAUUGUUGAAAUGAUUUCAACUAAGAAAAAUUGUUAAUAAUUAAAAAUAUUAAAAUAAUGACCAGCAAAUGUAGUUUAUUGUGCCUUAUAUAAUUGCCAAAUGAAUUGUGACAAAUUUCAUUUAAAUUAAAUUAAUUCAGUUUACUUCACAAACAUUGAGACGCAAAUGUUCUGAUCACAUUUCUUAAAACAAAUUCCGUUCCGGUGUAAUUUUUAAAGAAAGUAAAGUAUUUUUAAAUAAUAAUAUUUCUGUAUAUCACCUGUUACAAGAGCAAGUAAAACGUCCACCUUUGUUUAGUAUUCUACUAAUGUUGAGAGAUAAAACGUAUUGGCAAUGUUAUGCGGAUGUACGUUACAAUAGUUUUACAUCAUAUUCAUUUUAGUGGUAUUAACGCUAAGAAAGUGAUGAGCUUGUAAAGGGUCUUGCUGUUGUAACAUAGAAAUCUUGCCAUUUACAUAGGACAGUGUAAAGUAUACAAUACUAUUAGAGCUAAGCAUGAUGAAAAAAGCUUAGAACAGAAGCACUCAGUUUUUCUUUUAACUUUGUAAUCUUUCAUUGGGCUUAAGUGGAAGAAAGGUCUAGUAAAGUACAUCACAGCCUUUUUCAAAUGAUGUAAAUAUAGCAUGAACUAAUUACCAAUGAUUAUUUUAAAUUUUUAAGUUUCAACAACAUAAACAUUUAUAUAUUUUAUUUUGAAUUAUAUUAAUGAACUGUAUUAAAACUAAUGAAGUUUUCAUCCAAAAGCAGUCAAAAUUAGAAGAAAACAAAUUUUAAUUCAGUUGUUAUAAAAAUUAAAUUUCAACUACGAAUACUCCUAGUUUUUUAUAACAGGUACAUACACAUGUGUGCGCACGAGUGUAUGCAUGUGCGUUUGUGAUUAAUUUACUAACUAUCCAAAUUUAUAAUUAGUUCAACAGUUAAAUACUAUUUUAUAACAAAACCAAUACAAUUUCGUGAUAAUCAUUGACACUAAAUAGUUUGAAAAGGUAACAAUAAUAUUUAUUGAAAAUUUCCACUUAUGUAUAUUUUAAUAUAAAACCAAUAACGAAUUUAUAUUAUUAUAUAUAAAAAACUAUAUAAACUUUAUUUAAUAUUGAAAAAUCAAUGUAUAAAAAAGUCAUUCCUAAAUUUUAUUUUCUCAACAAUAUUUAUAAACUUUAAGACCUAUUUUACACCACUUAAGUCCACCAAUAGUACAAUACUACAGUGCUGUACUUAUUAUAUGACAUGCAGAUUUUUGGAAAACAGUAUUAGUAUGAUAUUUAACUAAUUUACAAACAUUAAUUGGCACUUAAUGGUUUUUUAUUUAAAGCUGAUUUCCGAUGUAUAGCAGCAGCCUAAUGUGUGAGGGACAUUCCAGUGACAGUUUUCUGUAGUCACUUCUCCUUGAAUAAAUGUUUACUUCUCUGUGUCUCUGAUUCUCGAGAAAUAAAUGUAAUUUCAGUUGA